CCUACGGUGUAGUGUGACCCGAGCGGUGACGCGAACCCCAGAGGAAGAUCGAAAUUUCUGGCGGCUCUUCCCUCUUAACUUGCGACAAACGAAAACCCAAACCAUCAAAAUCCACUCUCAUUCCUUUUUCCCUUUCCUCACAAAAAGAAACACACCCGAGAAAUCGAGAAGAAGAAGAAGAAUGGUGCUAUGGGAGAUCACAUUGGGAACCGCCUAUUUCCUGGGUCUUAGACGAACCUAUAGACUCGCCCUGAGGAUGCAGCGCCGCAUCAUCAGCCCGAAGCACCCCAAGAUCCGUCAAUUUGCUCACAGGCGAACGCGUGCCGUUUUUGACGCCGCGGUGAGUGUUCACAAGAACAUACAGCAAAGAGACAUAGACUUGGGUCGGAACCUUGGGAACUGGAUCCUGCGUUGGCUUGAUCGGAUGAAACCUUCAGCUAAUAUUCGAGGUUCGUCUGAGCAACUCAAACACUUUAAAAAUGGUGCUAGCUCGGGCAUGAGCAUGACAAAGCAGGUAAACUCAUCCCACCUGAAAACUCCAGGUAGCACCCAGAUCAGAAAGCAGGAAUCUGAUAGGCAUAUGUUUUCAUCUAUGACAAAUGCGCUGCCCAAAACCCUCCCUUCGAUUUCCAUGAUGAUGAGAGCAAGACAGACUUCUGGGACUAUGACCCAGUAUAGGAACUUAUUCACUAACAGACCUGAAGCAUUGAGGUCGGAUUACACCCGAGGUGGCUUUGGGGGAAUUAUACGUAAGGAUAUAAUGCAGUGGAUGCAGCAAAAUUGAUAGCAAAAGAUUGUAUUCCAUUUGUGUUCUAGAGCCAAACAAUCUUGGGAUUGAAUUACAGGAGCAGAUAGGUUUUGAGGAUGUGUUUGGAUGUAAUACAGUUCCUCUGAAGCUUUUCAAAAUCCGCUUCAAGAUAUUUUUUUUUUUUUUUUUUUUUGUUGCAUUUGUUUCUUUUUGGGAAGUUGUUGUUGCCUGUGACAUCAGAUGAUUUUGUAAAUUAAAUAAAUGGGAGGAUCGAAGUCUGAUUGUUA